GUGGCGCUGCCGGCCAGUGGAGGCGCUGCAGCAGUUUGCUGCAGCAAAAGCUUUUCCUGGUUUGCUGCAGUUGAGUUUGCUGCAGCAGCUGGAGCUGCUGCUGCGGCCUUUUGGCUUUACGGAUUUGGAUUUGCUGCAGCAGAGUUCCCCGCGGAAGCGGCUGGCCAGUUUGCUGUCUGCUGCUGCUGCUGCAGCAGGCUUCGACGCAGCAGCAGCAGCAACAGCAGCAGCAGCACACCUGCAGCCCAGGCCCUGGGAGAAACUCGGGCAGCAGCAGCUGCUGCAGCUGCUGCAGCUGCCGCAGCAAGAAGCCACCGCCGCCUCCAGCAGCAGCAGCAGCAGCAGCAGCAGCAUUAGCCGCAGCAACAGCAGCAGCAGCAACAGCAGCAGCAGCAGCAGCAGCAGCAGCAGCAGCAGCAGCAGGGACUUCGUGCUGCUUGCUGCUGACUUGCUGCUGAAGUUUUGGGAAGAGACAAAAGGAGACACAAAGGAGACACUUGAGCUGCUGCAGCCAACUCAGCUGUACAGACAGGAGUUGGCUGUGCUGCUGCGGCGGCGGCCGGAGGCGGAAGCUGCGCUGCAGCGGGUGAAGCAGCUGCUGCAGCAGCUGCAGCAGCAGCAGCAGCAGCAGCAGCAGCAGCAGCUGCAGCACCAGCUGCUGCUGCCGUACAUGCAUGCGCAGCGAGUUGCAGCAGAAGCUUAUGUUGUUUUGGGGCUGCCCGCAAAGGCUAGAGACUGUCUGCAGCAAGCAGCAGCAGCACAGGCGGAGGGAGCAGCAGCAGCAGCAGCAGCAACAGCAGCAGCAGCAACAGUGGGCGCAGCAGCAGCAGCAGCAGCAGCAGCAGCAGCCACAGAACCCACCAGGCUCGCCGAAGAGACUGCGAGGGUGCAGCUGCUGCUGGCAGAGCUGCUGCUCGCCGACCGGCAGCUAGAAGCAGCAGCAGCAGCAGCAGCAGCAGCAGCAGCAGCUCUGGGCCCCAACUAUAAGUCCUCACAAAUCUUAGCUAGGGUUUGUGAGAAGCAAAAGAAAUACUCGGAAGCAGCAAAACAUUAUUCAGAGGCCCGGCUGCUGCACCCUGGCCAUUUGCCGCUGCUGCUGCAGCAGGCGCUGCUGCAGCUGCAGCAGCAGCAGCUGCUGCAGGCCCUAACUAGCUGCCACGAGAUCAUUUCUCUGUCUCCUUCUGCAGCAGAACAUUUGAAGCCGCUGAUGGACUCCAUCAGGGCCAGGCUAAGACCCUAA